AUGUUGUCUCGUCGCGCGUGCUACAAGUGUGGCAACAUUGGCCACUACGCUGAGGUCUGCUCCUCCACUGAGCGUCUUUGCUACAACUGCAAGCAGCCCGGCCACGAGUCCAGCAGCUGCCCUAGUCCCCGUACCACCGAGACCAAGCAGUGCUACAACUGCCAAGGUGUUGGUCAUGUCCAGGCUGACUGCCCCACUCUGCGUCUGAACGGCGGUGCCAACGGAGGUGCCAACGGCCGCUGCUACAACUGUGGCCAGGCCGGUCACCUUGCCCGCAACUGCACUAGCCCUGCUGUUCCCAACGCCGGCCGCCGCCCCUCUGGUCCCGCUCGUGGCGGUUUCCAGGGACAGGGUGGUUUCCGCGGUGGAUUUGGCGGCUUCCCCCGCACUGCCACCUGCUACAAGUGUGGUGGUCCCAACCACUUCGCCCGCGACUGCCAGGCUCAGGCCAUGAAGUGCUACGCCUGUGGCAAGCUUGGUCACAUCUCCCGUGACUGCACCUCCCCCAACGGUGGUCCUCUGAGCCAGACCGGCAAGGUCUGCUACAAGUGUGGCCAGCCCGGACACAUCUCCCGUGACUGCCCCACCACAGUUGAUGCUGCUGCUCCUGUUGCUGCUGAUCCUGCCACCACUACCACCGUCGCUGUGGAUGCUACCGCUUCAGCUCCCAUUGCCCCCGUUGUUGCCCCUAUCGCUGCCGUUGAAGCUAUCGAGGCUGGCGAGACCGAGGCUGCCCCGGCUGUGGCCCCCGCUGCCGCUCCUGCUCCGGCUGCUUCGACCACUGUUGCAUAA